AUGGCACGAGCUAUUGGUAUCGAUCUAGGUACAUCAUACUCAUGUGUUGCAGUAUUUCAACACGGUAAAGUAGAAAUUAUUCCUAAUGAUCAAGGCUAUCGAACAACACCAUCGUAUGUUGCAUUCACCGACAACGAACGUCUGAUUGGCAACGCAGCCAAAAAUCAAGUAGCAAUGAAUCCAAACAACACCAUUUUCGAUGCUAAACGACUGAUUGGUCGUACAUACGAUGAUUCCACAGUUCAAGCCGAUCUGAAACACUGGCCAUUCAACGUUACUAAUGAAAAUGGUAAACCCAAGAUUCAAGUUCAAUAUAAAAAUGAAGUGAAAUCAUUCACACCUGAAGAAAUAUCAUCGAUGGUUCUAGCUAAAAUGAAACAAAUGGCCGAAGCGUAUCUGGGUAACAAAGUAUCUGACGCUGUUAUUACAGUUCCAGCUUAUUUCAAUGAUUCCCAACGUCAAGCCACUAAAGAUGCUGCUGUCAUUGCUGGUCUUAAUGUGCUCCGUAUUAUUAACGAACCAACAGCUGCUGCUAUUGCAUAUGGUCUAGAUAAGAAAGUAUCCAGCGAACGCAAUGUCCUCGUUUUCGAUUUGGGUGGUGGUACAUUUGAUGUUUCAGUACUAAAAAUUCAAGAAGGUAUUUUUGAAGUCAAAUCAACAGCUGGUGAUACUCAUUUGGGUGGUGAAGAUUUUGAUAAUCUAAUGGUAGUACACUUUGUCCAAGAAUUCAAACGAAAGUAUAAUAAAGAUUUAUCCCAAAACAGCGGUUGUCUUCGACGAUUACGUACAGCUUGUGAACUGGCUAAACAAACAUUAUCAUCGUUAACAGAAGCUCGAGUUGAAAUCCCUUCACUUCAUGAAGGUAUCGAUUUCGAUGAGACCAUUACACGACCUCGUUUUGAACAACUUUGCGCUCAUCUUUUCCAUGCAACACUUGCACCAGUUGAAAGAGCAUUGCGUGAUGCGAAAAUGAGCAAAGCUAGUAUUCAUGAAAUUGUACUUGUUGGUGGUUCAACACGUAUUCCAAAGGUACAAAAAUUACUUAAAGAUUUCUUUAACGGAAAGGAAUUAAAUAAAUCGAUCAAUCCAGAUGAAGCUGUUGCUUAUGGUGCAGCUGUACAAGCUGCUAUUUCAACAGGUAUGCAGUCAGAAGAUAUUAAAGAUGUAAUUUUACUCGAUGUUGCACCACUUUCAUUGGGUAUUGAAACUUCUGAAGGUAUUAUGUCUGUUUUAAUCAAGCGUAAUACAACCAUUCCACAUAAAGAAACACAAAUAUUCACUACUUAUACAGACAAUCAACCUACUGUUAAUAUUAAAGUGUUUGAAGGUGAACGUUCCAUGACAAAAGAUAACUAUCUUCUUGGUAAUGUUGAACUCUCUGAUAUUCCACCAGCUCCACGUGGUAUACCACAAAUUAAAGUUACAUUUGAUAUUGAUACCAAUGGUAUCUUGAAUGUCUCAGCCGUCGAGAAAUCAAGUGGACGACAAAAUGAGAUUACUAUUACGAAUGAGAAGGGUCGAUUAUCGAAAGAUGAAAUCGAGCGUAUGGUAUCUGAUGCUGAGAAAUACAUGAAAGAAGAUGAAGCUGAAGCAGAACGUAUUUCAGCUAAAUAUUAG